UUUGUUUGUGUGAAUCCCCUUUCUUCCACAAAAUCAAGCGAAACAAUCAAUCGUCUCCUUCUCUCUUCCGCCUCCGCCUCAAUUAGGGUUCGCCGUCUCGCUAGCCCACUACUUUCGAUUGGGCCGGGGUUUCAAUGCCUGCGAGUUCAUCUGGGGAAUCCCUCACCGAAAACCCUAGACACUCCCUAUCUGUCCGUUUUCGCCUCCGAUUCUUGCUUUACUUGGAGACCUAGGAGGAAAUCCGCUUCGUUUUUGCUUUACCUUAAUGGCUCCCAGCCGCAGGAAAGGCGGUGGUAAGGCUGCCGCCGUAGCUGCCGCCUGCCGUCAGUGGAAGGUGGGCGACCUUGUGCUUGCCAAAGUCAAAGGUUUUCCUGCUUGGCCUGCCGCGGUUAGUGAGCCGGAAAAGUGGGGAUAUUCUACUGAUUGGAAGAAAGUGCUGGUUCACUUUUUUGGAACACAACAGAUAGCUUUCUGCAAUCCUGCUGAUGUUGAAGCAUUUACAGAGGAGAAGAAGCAAUCACUUUUGACGAAACGCCAUGCAAAAGGGUCUGAUUUUGUUCGUGCUGUAAAGGAGAUAACAGAGAGUUAUGAGAAGUUGAAGCAUCAAGAGCAAGCCGGUGAUCCCAAAUCUGCUGAGGAAACCACUCUUGGGAAUGCUGGGAAUACUACACUGCUGCCUCAGGUCAGUGAAGAUCCAAUUGGGACAAGCCUUGAUACACAAAUUAAGUCUGAUCCUAGUCAUGGUGGAGAUGAAUCUGCUCUGCUAAGUGAGGAUGCUUCAGCUGCUGAACAAAUGCUAGCCCUGCGUGACAACAGUGUACCACCUAACAAAGCACCUGACAUUUCAGUCGUUAACGAACCACGUAGAAUAGCAACAUAUUCUUCUAGGAGAAGAAAUGGAGGGGCGCGAUCACAAAAGGGUGCUCCGCAAAAAAAUAAAUCUUUGGAUCAGCGCUCUAAAAGUUCAUCAAGGUUGCAAUCAGAUAAGCUUCAAAGCUCCAUGUUGCAAUACAGCGAUGGUGGACAGAGUAUUGAUGACGUGGGAGAUGGAGCCUUAAGAAGGAGAAAAAGGAUUAGAAGAUCAUCAGGUCACUCUGAAUCAGAUGAUGUGGCUUCAUCAACUCAUGGAAGUGACGAAGAAAAUGCCUCUGAAAUUGCGACGGUCGAAUCUGAUAAUAAUACUAGGAAUGAAGGCAAUGGUGUAGAUUCUGGUUCCAAAGUCAAACAUUCUGAUACCGGUGGACAGUUUCUCAAAGGAGAUUAUGAGUGCAACAAUGGGCUUAAUUUCCAAAUCAAUACCAUGGUUAAAAAAAAGAAGAGAAAGCCUACCAGGAAACGUGGAACUAGUGAUGCUGUUGAUCUUCCGGCUAAAGUUGAAGCUGAAGCAGUUCUUGAGGCUGGAACAUAUGAGAACAUUCAGACAUCACAAAAUUCUGAUGAAAGGUUUACUGAAAGGCCUUGUGAAGAGAACGGUGAUGAGCACUUGCCUCUGGUUAAACGUGCCAGAGUCAGGAUGAGUAGAGCAUUUUAUGUUGAUCAUGAGGCCAAUGGCUCUUUGCAGGUUGAAGAAAGAUCAUCCAAGGACACUUUGGUCAGUGUAACAGUGCAGACAAGCCCGUCUGAUAUCGUUUCUAGUCAGGAUACUUCCGUGGCCGGAGAAUCUAACAUUUUUGAGGUGUCUGCCGCUAAGCUCUCAGGUGACAUGGGUAAUGUAGUACCAUCUCCUGUGGAGAAAACUUCUGACGGUAUGCCUUCAUCUGAGGCUUGCGUUCAGAGUGUUGGCGAUAGAGAAUAUGCUAUGGGGUGGAAUGAGCUUAGCAAGGCACCUUAUGAUGAGGCAGCUCGACCCCAAUCUAAUCAAGUUAUCCGUUCGCCGACCGGAGAAGCUCAGAAAGCUAGUGCUCCUAAAGCUGCGUGCCCUGGGGAUUCACAACCCAUGAAGCUUCCAACUAGUGACUCUGAUCUUCCAGCCGUACAAUGCUUGGAUCAGUAUUCUGAAAUUGCAACCCCCUUGGAUCCCAAUACUGUGGAUUCAUCUGAAAACAAGACCUCUGGGAUAUGCUCAUCAGGGAUACCUCAAUUGCCUGGCCAUCACAGAAGCCAGGACGAAGAUGCUUGUGAUUCAUUGGACAAUUAUCUUGAACCUCUGAAUGAAGAGGGCGAUAGAAAUGAUGCUUGUGAUUUAUUGGACAAUUAUCGUGAACCUCUGAAUGAAGAGGGCGAUAGAAAGGAUGCUUGCGUUGUUCUGUCUGAGGCUUUAGAACAUUCUCCAUCAUCUUGUUCGAUGGUGAAUAAGCCGGAGGCUGAGAACAUGCAAAAGGCUGAAAACAUGCUGUUGAAAGAAGAGCAUGGAAGGCUGAGUGAAGAAUAUGAUAAUGUCAAUCCAUCUCAUACUACACCAGAUCCACCCAUCUCCCCGACUGAAACUGAUGUGAUAGUUGAUGAAAGUGAACCUCGGAAUGAAACAAGGUACAGCAAAUGUGAGGACAUUGUUGUGAACAGUAGGCAGCUCGAAAUAAUUGGUGAGGUUGAUAAUCAAAAGCAGCAGGUCCAAACAAACAAUUCUGUAUCAGUAUCUGAGAACCUUUCACGUGAGAAAAUGAGUUUAUCUCCUGCUAAUAUUGCAGACACUUUUGCGAGGGGGAGUCCACAUAGCAACUCAGUUUACCAUAUGUCUACCGCAGAAAGUGCAAAUGAUACGCAGAACAACGGUAGUUGCAGCCCAAAUGCUCAGUCUGGUGAGAAGAAAACUGUCUGUGAUGCCACUGUUAAAGAAGAAGAAAAAGCCGAUACAGGUGUAUUUCAGGGACAGAAAGUUGUUAGUACAGAUGUGCAAUCCACUCGUGAAUCUUUUGAGGAUGCACUUAGUUCAUUGGUGAGGACAAAGGAGAGUAUUGGCCGAGCAACGCGUUUGGCUAUGGACUUAAUGAAAUUUGGUGUGUCUGCAAAGGCAAUGGAGAUUUUGGCCCAUGCUUUGGAAAGUGAGUCAAAUUUACAGAGGAGGGUGGACUUAUUUUUUCUUGUGGAUUCUAUUGCUCAAUGCUCCAAAAGUCUGAAAGGUGAUGCUGGUUGUGUUUAUCUUUCAGCCAUUCAAGUAAUUUUACCUCGCCUAUUGGCCGCUGCUGUCCCUGCUGGAGCUACCACACAAGAAAAUCGAAGACAGUGCUUAAAGGUUUUGAGGCUUUGGCUUGAAAGACGGAUUCUGCCCGAAUCUAUUGUCCGUCACCAUAUAAGAGAACUUGAUUCACAUAGUAUAGUUCCUGCUUGCCUCUAUUCUCGGCGCUCAGCUCGAACAGAAAGGUCGUUGGAUGAUCCUGUGAGAGAUAUGGAGGGUAUGUUGGUGGAUGAAUAUGGAAGUAAUUCAACUCUCCAGCUCCCUGGAUUUUGCAUGCCCGCAAUGCUUAAGGAUGAGGACGGAGGGAGUGACUCGGAUGGAGGGGAUUUUGAGUCUGUCACCCCUGAACAUGACUCUAGAAUCUUUGAAGAAAAUGUCUCGUCCUCUACUGCUGAAAAGCAUACGCUUAUAUUGGAAGAUGUUGAUGGCGAGCUUGAAAUGGAAGAUGUGGCUCCGCCCUGGGAAACUGGAAACUGCACGCACACUGAUCAACCCGAUAACACAACAAAGUCUACCAACUGUCAGAUUGGACAACAGCAUCCGCCUGUCUCUGGCAUUUCACAUCAGCAUGUAUCCUUGUCUUCUCCACCACUGCCAUCUUCCUCGCCACCACCUCCACCUCCGCCACCAGCUCCCCCUUCACAGCAGGCUCAGUGUGCCAUGUCUGAUUCCUACUCAAAUGGCUUUGACAGUGGUGGAUAUUCCAACAUGCAUGGAGAUCAUCAGGCUGGUCUUCCAAGGAUGAAUCCGCCACUGCCUGGAAACACAAUGCAUUAUCAAGGUCAGGAGUCAUCUUAUAGUUCCGGUGUACAACUGACGAAUAGCAUGCCACAGGCAGAUGGUUCUAAUUUCCAGCAUAGGCCUUAUACAUCUCAUCCACAUCCUCCUCCCCCUCCACCACAGCAUCAAUACUCAUAUACAGAGCCGGACCACCAUAUGAAAUCACGUAGGGAUGGUCCAUCGUACUCGCACAGAUCUCAGUAUGUGCCGAACUUUGAUGAAAGGAAUUUUCAUGAUAACCAUGAGAGAAUGAGGCAUGCAUCAUACGAGAACCGAGAUAAUUGGAGAUAUCCACCAUCUUCUUCUUAUGGUUCAAGAUAUCAAGACAAACAUAAAGGCCCUUUUCCAUCCAGUUCAUACAAUGGUGGCCCUCCACGUGAGUCUGGAAGGUACCAAAACCACCGGUGGAAUCAUCCUCAUCGUGGAUAUAACAACAGACACUCUUUUCACCCUAAGCCGCAUUCUGAAGGACCUGUUCCAGUUGGAAUGAGAGAUCCCGGCAUGUGGCAUCAGAGAGGUGACUAGAGAAACUUGAGAGAGACGGAAAGUAGUAAACUGGAGGGUGGUGGUCUAAAGCAAAAAAGCAAAAAUACCGAGGUGAUCUGGCUGAAAUUUAAAAAGAGAAUGGCUAGUAGUGGGAGUAAUGGAGAGGAAAUAGUGUGAUAUGAUGAAGAAGUGAGAGUGUACAUAUGAUAUGAUGUUUCUUUUGGAAUCAGAACCUCAUGCAAAGCAGAGAGAGUGAGAAGAUGGUAGAAAGAAGCCAGUUGUAGAGAUUGAGAAGAGUUUAGUAUAUCUUGCUGCUCUCAUUUGCUUUCUUUAUUAUUGCUUGUUUUUUAUUUUUUGUCAACAUUAUUUGGUUAUGUGGGUUUUGACCUUGGAGUGUAUGAUGUAUAUUCAUUCUCUUAGAAUAAUAAUCUUCCAGUUGUAUAGUUGUUACUUUGACGCCUGUGUUUCUUGAUGUUAUUUUUGAAGUGGAAUUUGAUUGAGUAGACAUCUUUUUACAUGAA